CGCGAAUAAGGAAAUGCUCGCAACAGCUGCGGUUAGUUGUAUCCAUCAUUAAGUGGACAUGGCGGAUCUGGGCUUGGCAAAGAGAUGGCUACGUGCUCAGAUGCUACUGAUGUGGAUGCUGAUCAAUUUAUCUGAGUCCAGAGUGCAUUUGUUUGCUCCUGAUGCUGUCACACUUGAAGAAUACUCUAAAGCCAACAUCACCAUCACUUCCAGCUCCACUUUCAACCAGUCAACUGUGAUUCAGCUAAAUGUAACCUACAGCUCCAAGUGGAACUACUCUUCUGUCAUCUCAUUGCCUGAGCAGGUGUUGCUGCCAGCAGAGGCAACCUCAGUCAGCUUCAAUGUGACAGCCAAUGAUGUUGGUCAGGUAACCACAUACCUGCAUUGCAACAACUCAGACCUUAACAGUUUGUCUGUCAGGAUCCGCUUUAUGGUUGUCCAUAGCAACGUCCUGUCAGUAAUCGGUGAGGUGAUUGGCUGGGUUUACUUUCUGGCCUGGUCGGUGUCCUUCUAUCCACAAGCCUUGGAAAACUGGAAGAGGAAAAGUGUUGUAGGUCUCAACUUUGACUUCCUGGCUCUCAACCUUACUGGCUUCAUCGCUUACAGUGUCUUCAAUAUAGGGUUGUUCUGGGUGCCUGAUAUAAAGGAGGGGUUUCUGAAGAAGAACCCUAAUGGAAUUAACCCUGUAAAUGCUAAUGAUGUGUUCUUCAGUCUACAUGCUUUCCUGCUCUGUGUGGUCUACAUCAGCCAAGCUGCUGUAUAUGAGAGAGGGGGUCAGAAGGUAUCCUGGAUGGCCCUGUUAUUGUUGCUGAUUGGCUGGACAUUUGCCUUGGUCAGUUUGUUUCUUGCUGUAGCCAAACAGAUCACCUGGUUGGAUUACCUCUACUAUUUCUCCUAUAUUAAACUGGCUGUCACUCUGAUCAAAUAUGUGCCCCAGGCAUACAUGAACUACAGAAGACAGAGUACUGAGGGGUGGAGUAUUGGUAACGUAUUGCUGGACUUCACUGGUGGAACCCUUAGUAUUCUACAGAUGAUAUUACAGUCUUACAACAAUGAUGAGUGGAGGCUGAUAUUUGGUGAUCCAACAAAGUUUGGUCUGGGUUUGUUCUCUGUGGUGUUUGACAUCCUCUUCAUGAGUCAGCACUGUUUCUACAGACGUCCAUCACAGUAUGAAGCUGUUACAGAGCAACAGGAAGAUGGAUUGGCUGUCUCAAACACACAUUCACAAAGUAGCACUCCAGAUAAACCAACAAGAGAAGUCUGAAGAAAAGCCAUGGUGAUAGUGAUCUUUAACUUUCUUCUUGAUAUGUUACAGCAGAUUUCUCCAGAGCAGAUUUGAUUUGUAUUCAGCUGUUCUGACCUCAGUUUGCUAUCUUCCAAAAUAUCUCCGGAUCAGCACUUACCUUUUCUACCUACUAUAUUAAUAUGUUUGGUUGAUUGGAAGAAAAAUGUUGUAAUUAUGUCAAUGCCAACAAUCUAUUAAAUACAUUAUCACCUA